GUGGAACUUGUGUGUGGCCAACGGCGACCUCAUCAUGGCAACAGAAAUCGCGCUCACGACCGCUGUGGACGACGCCACUGCCCGGAGUAAAAUUACAUGGAGCGUGCAGCGAGCUCGAGAACUCUUCGCGGGGGAACCGCUUAGCUUUGAGACACAUGAAAGCAGCCAGAAGACGCAAAUACAAGUGAAAUUCCGCGCCCGAUAUUCCGACCUUCCCGACAUCCAGCCGAGUCAGUUGAAGAAGUCAAAGCUGGACACCGUGGCGCCCGUGCCUGUAGUGAACCCUUCGUUGGAAGAUGAGGACGAAGUCGUGGAAGGCCACGUUUCGAAAGAUCCCGUGGAUUCGCUGCCAAGCGCUGUGGAGAACGCCGUGGCGCAGUUUUCCAAGCAAAAGGAAGCAGCAGCUGCUGCGUCCAACUCGAGCCAACAAGCCCUGGUUGAGUACAAGAAGGAAACAACGUUCAAGGCCCAAUUCCAAGCGUCGUCGGCGCUUGUCCGUCGUCGCCAAGCUGCAGAGGUUCCCAAGCCCACCUGGCAUGCACCAUGGAAACUCAAGCGCGUGAUUGCUGGUCAUUUGGGCUGGGUGCGCUCGAUUGCCGUGGACCCUACGAACCAGUGGUUUGUGACAGGGUCGGCGGAUCGCACGAUCAAGGUGUGGGAUUUGGCAAGCGGUCAGCUCAAGCUGACGCUGACAGGGCACAUCAACGCGAUCCGUGGGCUAGCCGUGAGCGACCGGCAUCCUUACAUGUUUUCCGCCUCCGAAGACAAGAAGGUGUUGUGCUGGGACUUGGAAUACAACAAAGUGAUUCGAAGCUACCACGGGCACCUGAGCGGUGUGUUCAGCCUGAAGCUGCACCCAACGCUAGAUGUGCUAAUCACGGGUGGGCGUGACGCGGUGGCGCGCGUCUGGGACAUGCGGACCAAGCAGCAGGUGCAUGUGCUGUCGGGCCAUCAGGGCAGUGUGUGGGCCAUCGAGACCCAAGGCACAGAUCCUCAGGUCGUCACUGGCGCUGCCGAUAGCACGGUCAAGCUGUGGGACUUGGCGGCUGGCAAAGUGAUGACGACCUUGACGAAUCACAAGAAGGGAGUGCGUGCGAUGGCAGCGUCUCGCACAGACCACACUUUCUUGACUGGUGCCGCCGACAACUUGAAGAAGUGGCAGCACAAGGACGGCAAGUUUUUGCGAAAUUUUUCCGGCCACAACGCGAUAGUGAACGCCGUGUCGGUGAACCAAGACAACGUGCUCGUGUCGAGCGCAGACAACGGGUCCAUGCGAUUCUGGGACUACACGACGGGCUACUGCUUCCACGAGGAAGAGACAAUUGUCCAGCCAGGAUCGCUCGACAGCGAGGCGGGGGUGUUUGCAUCGACGUUCGACAUGACGGGCCUCCGCUUCAUCACGACUGAAGCCGACAAGACGAUUAAGGUGUGGGAAGAAAACCCCGACGCUACCCCCGAGACCCAUCCCAUCGACAUGGUCAAGUGGACCAAGGAGUUUACUGCCCCCAAGCGCUAUUAAUACUAUAAUCAUCUCCCGUUCGCUAGCACUUGUGUGCUGUCGCACGCAAGGCCUUCAAAUGCA